AUGGGACCUAUUUUAAAACGUUGUACUGUGGCUGAUAAUCCUGUUUUAUUUGGAAAUUCAAUACAGAGUGGGCCUCUAUUAAAACCUAUGAGAAGUUUUUAUACCAGCGUGGCAUUACGUCAGGAGGAAAAAGCUCACGACCAUGCCAGGCUUUGGGUGAUAGAAAAAGCGACGUCAGCUCUUCUUGUAGGGCUUAUCCCGUUUGGACUCCUUGUACCAAACAAACUGUUUGAUACUGUUCUUGCCAUACUCAUAACUGCACAUAGUUAUUGGGGAAUGGAGGCUAUUAUGGUUGAAUACGUUCGUGUUCUAUUGUUUGGACGUCUGAUACCAAAAAUUGCUAUUGGGUUUGUAUAUGUGCUGACUGUUCUAAUGCUCGGUGGCCUAUUUUAUCUUAUUUUCAAUGAUAUUGGAAUGUGCAGAGCGUUUUGGCGGAUAUGGAGGAAUAUGAGGAAACCCAUAGGCUUUGCAACAAAACGAUGU